AUGUUGCAACGCUGUGUACUAUAUGUAAAUAGAAUCUCCAACGGAAAUGUAUUUCUCAAGAAGUCGGCUAUCAUUGCACGGUCGUUUAAUUCUAAUAAUAAGGGAACUCUGGAAUCUGGGGAUCUACUGCGAGAUAUAAUCUCUAAUCGACAAUCCAAAAUUAAUUCAUUGAAGGUUAAUGAAGUUAAGAAUAGAAAUUUUAUGUUAUCUAGAGAUACCAAACGUAGUGGGUACUUUAAGAAGAAAACUUCAAACAUGAAUCGAAACAUAAAUAAAAAAAAACGGAUAGUGAUAAAUUGGGAUAGUGGGACAGAACGUGCACAGGAAGCCGCUAAUCAUACGAUUAAGGAAAUCUUUAAAUUAAACUCCAAGGGUGAUAUAAGAAUAUUCGAUAAUGAAUGUCAUAAGAUAGAGCCCUCUAAUAUUCGACAUUAUGCAAGAGGUUUGGAUUUGAAUAAGUUUGGUAUGUCUAUUGUAGAUAUAGAGACAGUUGAUGAAGAAAUUAGAAUUCCGUUGGUCAAAAUUGUUGACUCAAAGACUGCUUUAAAGAGGUAUUCAGAUGAUAUGGCAAAAUUGAAGAAAGAUGAGUUAAUAGAAAAGGGGAUAAUAAGAAAAAAAUUCAAUGAUCCUUCAAAGAGUGAAGAUACCUUGAAACAUAUAAAAUUAUCUUGGAAGAUACGAGAGGAUGAUUUAUCGAACCAAAAAUCUCAUGAAAUUGAGGGUCUCUUACAAAAGGGGAAUAAAGUUAACAUCUAUAUUGAUAAUAACAACAAUGGUACACCAAAACAUUGGUUAGACAAUUUUGAAAAAGUCCUGAACCCACUUGAGGAUACUUCUCAAGUACCAGUACGGAUUCCUAAGAAAGAACUGAAACGUCGUAAUGAAAUAAUGGAACAAAUUCUAACUCUUGUGGAAGAGUUAUCUGUAGCCCCUGUUGUAGAAGGAGAUGUUACAUCUAAGGUCAUUAUCCGUCUUUCACCUAAGCCGGCCACCAAACCAAAUGUAGAUAAACAAGGAUUAAAAGAAGAGAGGAGACGUGCUAGACAAGAAAAACUUGAGGAAAGAAUCCAAAGAAAGAAAGAAAGGCUAGGUCAAGUAUGA